AUGUCAUCACCAAGUGACGAUCCAAGUAACAUUCUUGCAAUCAUCGGUAAAAAACUGUAUUUAAGCACUGAACUGGCCGAUGUAUACUUUGUGUUCAAUCCCAAAAAUGAGCCGAUCGUUAAAGUUCCGGCGCACAAAGUGUUGUUGGCCGCAGCCAGCAAUGUAUUUGCCACAAUGUUCAACGGAUCGUGGAAGGAGAAGAAUGAAGUACAAAUUGUGGACGUGUCAGUCGCUGUUUUCAAAGAAUUUUUACAGUUUUUCUACUUGGAUCGUGUGCAAUUGACCAAGGAUAAUGUUAGCAAAGUUAUGAAUCUCGGUAAUAUGUACGACAUGGAUACAUGUAUGACGGUGUGUGAUAAAUUCAUGAAAAGACACCUCAAUGAAGACAACGUUUGCAAAUACUACGGUUUAAGUAUUCUACUCGAUCGACCAAGCCUCAGGAACGCAUGUGAAGAUAUAAUCGGUGCCGAAACAAAGACAGUAUUGAAAUCAGCCAGCUUUCAAAAAUGCGAUAAGAAAACAAUGGAUUCCAUUUUGAAGCUCGAUUGGCUCUCGUGCUCUGAAAUCGAACUAUUCGAAGCGGUUAUGUUAUGGGUCAGAGCAACCAGCCAAAAGGAAAUUUUGACCAAACGAAUUGUGCAAUCUCAGCUUGGCAAAUCUUUUAAAGAUUUUCGAUUUGGAACGAUGACAAUUGACGAAUUUGCCACUCUCAUUCCGUCGUAUGGAAAAACGUUUUCAUUUGACGAACAACAGGACAUUAUUCAAAUGAUUCCGGACAAAAAUUUCCAAUCAAAGAUGUUUAAUGGAAAGCGUGAAAAACGUUGCAAAGUGACCCCUUGGAAAGACAAGGUGAUUGUCAACUGUUCUCGACUUCUUUCACGCCAUAAAUCGAAUAAGCCAUAUUUCAUCAAAAACUUGGAAACAACCACAUUCUCUGUCAAUAAACCGGCUUUUCUAAAAGGAUUCCGAUGCGGCAGCCUAUACGAACGUCGUAAAUCCAAAUAUCUUCAUUUGAAAGAGGAGCUAUUGGUGAAGAUAACUAUAGUAAAAAUUCCAAAUGCAACGGAACCAUCAAGCGACGAAGCGAUUGUUUUUUACAAUGGAAACACCAGUCUAGGAUCAACUGUACUGAAUUGGUCAUUACCCUAUCCAAUCCUUGUCAAACCAUCAGUCAUGUACGAGAUUCGCUUAGAGAUAAAUCCACCCAACAAUUGUGUAUCUGCCAAUUUGUUGAAGUCUGAAGUUAAAAUGGAUUCAUAUUUCAAAGUACAAUUUCAUCGUGAUCCAAUCUUGGAAAAUGAUCCAGAAGUGAGCAGAGGUCUGAUUUGGAAGCUGGAAUUCUACCAAAUUUGA